GGGAGGGAGGGAGGUGAUCGCAGCGGCCGAGGGCUGCGCGGCUGAAGGCGAGAGCGGCGCCGUCGCUGCCCGCUGUCGGCAGGAGGAGGAACGGGGGGUGGGGGAAGCGAGCAAUCACAUGAACCGGCCCGUUAUGGCUCUGUUAUCGCCGAGCUAACUUUAGACCGAGCAGAAAGUAAAAACAAAUAGCGGUCGGAGAGAAUUAAACAAUAAGGAUUUUGUUUGGAGUUAAAGAAGCGCCGCCACUGCGCCCCAGAGCCCGUCCGCCGUGACAAUGUGAGGGGUAUUUAUUUAGCAACGAGGACAAUUUUCCCCCAUCACAUCUUCUGUCACUUUAGAAGUUUCUCGCCCUCCCUCCCUCUACCCAAAGAUCCUGUAGCCUCUACCGUCUGCCUGAAAUCUCGCGAGCGGCUGCGAGGGACUCGGUAAAGUUUAAUAUGGCGUCUAAUCUGCUAAAGAAUAAAGGCUCCCUCCAGUUUGAGGACAAAUGGGAUCUUAUGCGCCCCAUUGUCCUAAAGCUGUUACGGCAGGAAUCUGUGACGAAGCAGCAGUGGUUUGACUUAUUUUCAGAUGUUCAUGCUGUCUGUUUGUGGGAUGAUAAAGGUCCAGCAAAAAUUCAUCAGGCACUCAAGGAAGAUAUUUUAGAUUUUAUCAAACAAGCUCAAGCUAGGGUGUUAAGCCACCAAGAUGAUACUGCUUUAUUGAAAGCCUACAUUGCAGAAUGGCGGAAGUUCUUCACACAAUGUGACAUUUUGCCCAAGCCUUUCUGUCAAUUAGAAAUUACGUUAAUGGGCAAACAGGGUAGUAAUAAGAAAUCCAAUGUGGAGGAUAGUAUUGUACGAAAGCUUAUGCUGGACACCUGGAAUGAGUCAAUUUUUUCGAACAUUAAGAAUCGUCUUCAAGAUAGUGCAAUGAAGCUAGUUCAUGCUGAACGUCUAGGAGAAGCCUUUGACUCACAACUGGUCAUUGGAGUCAGAGAAAGUUACGUCAACCUGUGUUCAAAUCCAGAAGACAAGCUUCAGAUUUAUCGUGAUAAUUUUGAAAAGGCUUAUUUAGAUUCGACUGAGCGAUUCUACAGGACGCAGGCCCCAUCUUAUUUGCAACAAAAUGGUGUACAAAAUUACAUGAAAUAUGCAGAUGCUAAAUUAAAAGAAGAGGAAAAGAGGGCACUUCGAUAUUUGGAAACCAGACGAGAAUGCAACUCAGUUCAGGCUCUCAUGGAGUGCUGUGUGAAUGCUCUGGUGACUUCUUUUAAAGAGACGAUUCUUGCUGAAUGCCCAGGCAUGAUCAAACGCAAUGAGACAGACAAACUACACUUGAUGUUUACAUUGAUGGAUAAAGUUCCAAAUGGGAUUGAACCUAUGUUAAAAGAUUUGGAAGAACACAUUAUUAGUGCUGGAUUAGCAGAUAUGGUAGCAGCUGCAGAAACUAUAACUACUGAUUCUGAAAAAUAUGUGGAGCAGUUGCUUACAUUGUUUAACAGAUUUAGUAAAUUGGUAAAAGAGGCAUUUCAAGAUGACCCUCGCUUUCUUACUGCAAGGGAUAAAGCAUAUAAAGCAGUUGUGAAUGAUGCCACAAUAUUUAAACUUGAACUGCCAUUGAAACAAAAAGGAGUUGGACUAAAAACUCAGCCUGAAUCGAAGUGCCCAGAACUGCUAGCAAAUUAUUGUGACAUGCUACUAAGAAAAACGCCCCUUAGUAAGAAGCUUACAUCAGAAGAAAUUGAAGCAAAACUAAAAGAAGUGCUUCUUGUACUAAAAUACGUGCAAAACAAAGACGUCUUUAUGCGAUACCAUAAAGCUCACUUAACAAGACGUUUAAUCCUGGAUAUAUCAGCUGACAGUGAAAUAGAAGAAAAUAUGGUGGAAUGGCUUAGAGAAGUGGGAAUGCCUGCCGACUAUGUGAACAAGUUGGCCAGAAUGUUUCAGGAUAUUAAAGUAUCUGAAGACCUUAACCAAGUUUUCAAAGAAAUGCACAAAAACAAUAAAUUGGCCCUUCCAGCUGACUCUGUGAAUAUCAAGAUUUUAAAUGCUGGUGCCUGGUCUAGAAGCUCUGAGAAAGUAUUUGUUUCUCUGCCAACUGAACUUGAAGACCUUAUCCCUGAGGUGGAGGAAUUUUACAAAAAAAAUCACAGCGGUAGAAAGCUACAUUGGCAUCACCUCAUGUCUAAUGGAAUUAUAACUUUCAAAAAUGAGGUUGGCCAGUAUGAUUUAGAGGUUACCACAUUUCAAUUGGCAGUACUGUUUGCCUGGAACCAAAGACCAAGAGAAAAGAUUAGUUUUGAAAAUUUAAAAUUAGCAACUGAACUACCAGAUGCAGAACUUAGGAGGACAUUAUGGUCUCUUGUAGCUUUUCCAAAAUUGAAACGUCAGGUUUUACUCCAGGAACCUCAAGCCAGCUCACCCAAAGACUUCACUGAAGGCACACUUUUCUCAGUGAACCAAGACUUCUCUUUAAUCAAAAACAGCAAAGUUCAGAAGAGGGGAAAGAUUAAUUUAAUCGGAAGAUUGCAGCUAACAACGGAGAGAAUGAGAGAAGAAGAAAACGAAGGAAUAGUUCAGCUCAGAAUAUUACGAACACAGGAAGCGAUCAUACAAAUCAUGAAGAUGCGGAAAAAAAUCACAAAUGCUCAGCUACAGACGGAACUUGUAGAAAUACUUAAAAAUAUGUUUUUGCCACAGAAAAAAAUGAUCAAGGAACAAAUUGAAUGGCUGAUAGAGCACAAAUAUAUUAGAAGGGAUGAGUCGGACAUAAAUACUUUCAUUUAUAUGGCAUAAAUGACUAUGAAAAAACUAUGCCAGAAAUUGGAAUGAAUCCAUUGACUUUGCAGACUUUGAAAGAAAUAGCUGAAGUGACGACAACUCAAAAAUUUAUUCAGUUGAAUUAUUAAGUUCCUGCCUUACUGUACCACAGAUGAACAAUAUUUACCAGUUUCAUGCACAUAGCAUUUACCUGCCUUUGUGUAGUUCACUUUUGACAGCAUGCUGUUUUGUGGGAGUACUGAAUUCAUUGGAGCCUGCUAUGCUUUCUUGGUAACUUUGACCCUAUUUUCACUUGUUCUGUAUAAAAGUUAAUAGUUUUUUUUUUCCAGAAACAUUUAAAACCGGUGAAUAUAGGACUUUAAACUUUCAUGCACUGGGAAAAUACUUGAGUCAUUUUGUAUUACAAAGAAAAAUUGGGUCAGGAGCAGCAAUUUCACCUUUCUGAUGAUACUAGGUGGUGUCAUUUAAUACAGACUAACCUGAAUUUUUUGUUUUUUUUAAACCUGUUGCACACUUGAAAUGUUUAAUAUUACUCUGGCUAUAAUGGUUCACAUCUGAGCUUAGCUGAUGUGUUACUGUUAGAAGGAUUUGUCCAUAUAUUUGAGUAAUUAUUUAGCUGUUUGCAACCUAAAUUCCAAGGCUGCCUCUCACUCAAAUGGGUUGAAGUCUGCCACAGUUGGGAUUAAUUUUGUCAUUCUGCCCCAAAGGUAUACCUUUAGAAAGUUUGGCGCAGAGGAGUGGGAUAGAUGUAAAACUAUACUUGAAAGUAUGCCUAAAAGUCUAUUGAACAAAGGGACAGUCAGCAAGCCAUAUUGACCAUAAAAUAACAGGUUUUGUUUUUGCAGAUUUAAUUUGCUUGAAGAGUAUCAAUUGCUGCUCUUGGCUUGGGAUCAUUCAUUGUUCUGAGACAGCCACAAUAACCAUUUGCAUGAUUUUUUUUUCCAGUGUAGGUGGUUAAACAUAUAGUUUUAAAAUAUUACUUUGUGGUUUUCUGGACUGGGGAGAGAGAAAAUGAGCCUGUGCUUCUGUUCCUGAGUGCUGUCAAUUGUAUAAACCUUGGGUGGACAGGAUUCAGUUCUGCAGCCUGUUAACACAUGAAAAUAUCUCUUAAGAUGACGAACUGUGCCGCCAGCUCUCAUGAAACUAUAUCUCACCAAGAAUGUGAGGUUGAGUGAGAGAUGAGAUGCAAUUUGGGGGUGAACAAUCUAUAUUUAAUUUUAAUUUUGGCAUACAAUUCUACUGAUUUGUAAUGUAUGUAGCCUGCCUUCACCCCAUUUUCUUUGCUGGAGAUCAAUUCAAGAUGAAAAGUAUGAAGGAGUCUAAGAAAUGUGGGGGGUGGAGGGGGGAACAGAAAUUGGAACAGACUAAAUGUAUAUCUUUUAACCUGAUAGCUGUUUAUAUGUAAACAUGUAACCGUCAGUGAGAUUUACUGGACUCUGAGGUGGCUCAAUUUUUCUUGCAGUGAAUGUCCAGCACUUGAACCAGCUUUUAAAAUGUUAUAAUAUUCCAGAAAACUUGGUAUCCUCAAAAUUUUGUUAGUACUUUGGCAACCAUCCUAUAAUAUGUGCAUACAAUGCACUUAACCUUUAAAAUCUUCAGUGUCCCACAAAUAUUGUUGACAUUAGUGAUUGUGACUUUAGUUAUUUAUAUUUUGCAUUUGUAUUUUUAUUCAAUUGGGUAGCUUUUUAAAUUAUCUUUAUGGAUUCCAUGUCCAGAAUGCACCUUAACCUGAUCUAUCUCGUCAGCAUGUAUUUUACUCAACAUAGUGCUGUGGGAAGAAGCGUCAAAGUGGACUGUUUUGUGCUGUGGGAAGAGUCAAAGUGGACUUUGUGAGAGCCUUUGCUGCUGUGCUGACUGAUGAGCAAUGCUGUUUGAAAUGCUCGUGACUGAUAAAGCUGAGGCCGUUAGUUUCAUGCACAUUUAGGGCGUGGGAGGAAAGGGAGAUUGUGCAGUUCAGUCAAAGGUUGCAUUAAUGAGGUAAAAGAGUACAUUAUUCAUUUUCCAAAACAAUUUGGAAUUGGAAAAAAUUAUCAACUCGACUGAGGAUGAUUAAUUUCUUCAAUUAUUAUUUUCUCCCCGUGCUAGAUUCUCCAUGGUCAGCUGUGACUUUUGACUUGGACAUUUGCUCCUUCAGCUAUUUUUAUAUGCUGGUCAAUGAGUGAGGAUGCCAAUCUAGAAUGUCACAUUUUGAGUAACAUUACUUGUGUCAGAUGAUUAUUAGACAAUAAUGCAAGUUUACUUUAGUACUAAUUGAUGGUCUUCCAGUGUCUUGUGUGAUAUUACCCAAUGAGUCAAUGUAAAAGAUUGUGAAAAUCCAGUUGAUCAUUCAACUGUCCUAAGUUAGCCAGCAUCAGCCAGGAUAUUAGUGAGCCUCAAAUAUUCCAUAUUGAAGAGAAAGUAAACCAGAAGUCUUGCUUUGAAUUAUUCUGGGCAUUUCUGCUGGGAGUGUUCAUUAUUUGGAUGACCAGUGAUAAUGGUGGGAGUGGCCUUAGAACCAGCCAGAUUUGUGUGAAGCUUUCAAAUUCUUGUCCACAUCAAAUAUGAAUAACGAGCACAUGGAGGAAGCACUGAAAGCCAACUAAUAUAAAUUGAAUCGCAUGGCAACGAGGAAGGAGUCUAACUUUGAAGGAAACAUAUGUCGUUGGAAGAACAUAAAUAGUAGACUAAAACUACUGCAGAUUGUGCAGGGCACCGUUGAUUGAACACAGGGCACAAAUGCCGAAGGGAGUUUGUGGGAGUAAAUUCCAUUCCCGCUGCAAAUCUUAUCCCAAAUUUACAUGGUGUGGUACAAUUUGAUUGCCUUAUUGUCAGGCUGGAAUUUUUUUAAGUACCACCUUGUAAUCCCCCCCUUCAAAAGGGCGCAUUAUUACAUGAAAAAUUAAUUCUAUGUCGAUGCAAUAAUUGUCAACAGGGAUCAUGGAUUCUUGUUUUGAGACAUGUCCAAUCCCUUGAGUGCACUCAGGUAAGCAAACUGCACACCUGGAAAAUAUGCAUAAGUGGAGCGAGGGAGAUUAAUGUAUGAAGAGAAAUGCUCAAGAUUUACAUGUUGGUCCCAGUUUUUGUGGUAAUGUUGCUGAAUGAAUACUGGAAUAUUUUACAGGUAUAGAUUUGGUUCUUGAAAUGCUGUCCCAGUACCAAAUGUGGAGAAAUCAGGGUCUAAUUCUGGAUCUAAUCACAAUGAUCUGGGAGGAAGAGCUGAAUAAAUAUUUUAUUAAAAAGGAAAACUAAUCUUGAUUAUGUGACCCGAUUAUUGUGAUUUUAAUACAGAGUAAAUUGCAUGCCCUGAAACCCCCUGAAAUGGCAUGUGGACAUGGUUUCACUUGUUAACAAAGAUGUGUUAUGGAUCUAGUUGCAACACUGCCUGAUAGAGAAGACAUUGGAAAUAGUAGAAUUUUAUUCAAAUAGAAUAAGAAUCAACAUUUUAUAUGGAAUUAGUCAACAAUUUCGAAUUGUGUGACUCAAUAGAAAUUGUUUUAUUGAAAUCUGCAAUUUAAUGACGAUAUUAAAGUUACAUUUUGAAGUCU